UCGGGAAAGAAAGAAGUAAAACAGUUUCCGACCAAAAUUUCUGUUCCGGCGAUCAUGAAGAUCCUAGUGGCCGUCAAACGGGUGGUGGACUACGCCGUCAAAAUUCGGGUCAAACCCGACAAGAGCGGUGUGGAGACCACGAACGUGAAGAUGUCGAUGAAUCCAUUCUGCGAGAUAGCUUUAGAGGAGGCGCUCCGGAUCAAGGAGUCGGGCCGGGCCUCGGAAGUCGUGGCCGUGAGCGUCGGCCCGGCCCAGUGCGCUGACACUCUCCGCACCGGGCUUGCGAUGGGCGCCGACCGGGCCAUCCACGUGGAAUGCCCGGGAACGCUUUACCCCCUUUCUGUUGCUAAGAUCUUCAAGGCGCUCGUCGAUGCUGAAAAGCCCGGCCUUCUCCUUCUCGGAAAACAGGCCAUCGAUGAUGAUUGCAACCAAACGGGGCAAAUGAUUGCAGGGCUUCUUAAAUGGCCUCAAGGAACCUUUGCCUCCAAGGUUGUACUCGAUGAAGGAAAUAAAGUAGCAACCGUGGACAGAGAGGUUGAUGGUGGUCUCGAGACCUUGAGCUUGGAUUUACCUGCUGUAAUCACCACUGACCUGAGGCUGAACCAACCAAGAUAUGCCACUCUUCCGAACAUUAUGAAGGCAAAGUCGAAGGUGAUAAAGAAGCUCACUCUGCAGGAUCUGAACGUCGAGAUCAGAUCCGACUUGGAGGUUGUUCAAGUGACAGAGCCUCCCAAAAGACAAGCCGGGGUAGUUCUUUCUUCUGUAGAUGAACUCAUUGAUAGGUUAAAAAACGAAGCACGCGUUAUAUGAUUCUGCGAAAAUUAUCUGCAAUGUUAUGAUAUGUUCUUUAUUGGGCCCUAUGAAGUCAUAUGAUUCUUAUA